AUGGCGACCCUCCCAAGGGCCAUCCACGCCCCGCACAGUGACUAUUGGCGACCCUCCAAGGGCCAUUCACGCCCCAGCAAAGUGACUAUGGCGACUCCAAAGGCCCCAUCAAGCCCGCACAGUGACUAUGGGACCCUCCGCAAGGGCCAUCACGCCCCGCAAGGGAAUAUGGCGACCCUCCCAAGGGCCAUCACGCCCGCACAGGACUAUGGCGAACCUCCAAAGGGCCAUCACGCCCCGCACAGGAAUAUGGCGACCCUCACUAAGGGCCAUAACGCCCCGCACAGUGACUAUGGCGACCCUCCAAGGGGGCAUCACGCCCCGCACAGUGACUCAUGGACGACCCAUCCCAAGGGCCAUCAAGCCCCGCACAGUGACUAUGGCGACCCUACCAAGGGACAUCACGCCCCGCACAGUGACUUAUGGCGACCCUCCAAGGGCCAUCACGCCCGCACAGUGACUAUGCGACCCUCCCAAGGGCCAUCACGCCCCGCACAUUUCGACUAUGGCGACCAUCCAAGGGCCAUCCCACGCCCCCGCACAACGACUAUGGCGACUAUGAAAUACUAUGACGAAUAUGUUUAG